AAGGAACGAAACAAUUCAAAUUAUAACCCUACUCAACAAAAUGGAUUCAACCCGUAUUGAAAAAGUAGGUGAUGUCCAUUGGCAAGCUACUCUGUUUUACAAAACAUGUGACGUACCCCCAUAUGAAGCUGACAACGCACAAGCUUUGUGUAUUACACUAAAAUAUAUUAAUUUUUGGUACAAGUGUGUGCAUUGUGCAGGUGUGACAAACUUUAACCAUUUUUUGGACAACAGAGGGCUCAUUUGUUCAUAUUGGCAAUCAUAUUGAUUAUUGAUUCAUUUCUAUUUUCCUAGUUAAGUGUGUUAUCUGGUGGUAGGUAUCCACCUUUUUUUCCAGAAACAUUGAACCAUUGCAUGGGAAUGAGAGUUUAGGCUUGGUCUUGUAACGCCAAAAUAUGCUUAUUAAAUAAUUUUUGCCUUAAUAGGUUCCACAUUUCUUAAAAUUUUCAUCUGGCGCAUAGCAUCAGCUUCCAUAACAACUGCCAUAACUUGAUGCUUAGAAGUUUAUAGUACAACCUGGGGUAUUUUAUUUUCUUGACUAAUGUUGUGCUGACUGACAACAUAAGGCUCAUGGACCAUCGCCAGUCUAUGGACCACAAUUUUGGGAACACCGAUUUAGAUCAUUUGAUUUAAGUCAAUCAGACAUGAGAACUAAGGAACAAAAUUACAGGCACAUAUUCACAUUUUUUACAUUGUGAUAAUAAAUAGGAACUAAAUAUAUAAAGUGAUUUCCCUUAUGAAGCUUUUUCUAACUUCUUGUUGGUCUGACAUUAUAAUUAUUUUGUAAAUAACUCAGCUGUAAAGGACCCUAAUUUUAAAAAUUGUUGAACAUGCUGGUAAAAACACAGUUGGCCUAAAGCAGCAUGUAUAAUAACAAAAAAAUUCAAGUUUGCUUAAAGUUCCUUUAAGCCCCUCAAACCUUAGGCUAACUUUAGGCAGGCCAAUUGGAACAUUUAAUUUUUAAUUCCAUAUUAAAUGCAAGGAUUGACUGGGCAGCAUGGACAAUGUGUAACAUUCUGGUGUGCCAGGUUUGUCUGAGCUCCUUCUACAUCACAAAAAUCUUUUAAUUACUUAUUUAAUCUCUACUUAAAGAUGAAUGUUUCUGGCUGCUUGGACACUCUAGUCUACUACUGAUGAAAAUCAAAUGUAUUAAAAAUAUUUAUAUUGGUAAAGUAAAAUUUCUAUACAUCUAUAGCAAAAAAUUAAUACAUUUGUUGUAAUGAAACAAUAUUGAAACUUCUUCUUCUUCUAUAUCUUAAGGGCCCACGAUCAAUUUAUUGAUCAUUUUGGCUCCUAUGCAUGUAGGUGGGAUUUGCAAUGUUUCUGUUACUGGUGUUGAUGAGGAAAUCAUGCACUAGGGGUUUGAAGGCUUGAGGCAAUAGACACAAAUGUGUCUAGUGUUGUCGCCUCAACCCUUCCUUUUGAAAGAUUGUUCCAGUCCCUGAUUGUCUUGGGCAGGAAUGAGCAGCUCCUAUACUGGCUUCUUGCUGGUAUGAGCCUGAAUUGCCUGUCAUGGCCUCGUCGCUGUCUAUGGGGGAGAGGGACGAGUUUCUGUUUAAUACUGGAACAGUGGACCAGCCCAUUAUUUAUCUUGUACAUCAUGGAGAGCCUGGAUUGUCGUCGUCGUUUCUCCAAUGGUGACCAGCCUAGUGUUUCUAGCAUGCUGCCAACACUAGAGGUAUUCCUGUAGCGGUUUAGGACAAAGCGUGCUGCUCGUCGCUGGACCGCCUCCAACCUGUCAAUGCUCUUCUGGGUAAAUGGGUCCCAGGCUGAAGAUGCAUAAUCUAAAAUCGGACGGAUAAAGGCUUUAUAUGCUCUUUCUUUCACACAGGAGUUGCCAAUCUUUAGAUUUCGCCUUAAGAACCCUAGAAUCUUAUUAUGUUACAUUGAAGUGGUGGGUUUCCAUUCUUUUUUGAAUGAGGAGCAAUUUUUAUAAAUCAUAUCUGUUAAGUAAAUAUUUUGGGAGUGCCAGGCAGAGGUGGUUCAUUUAAAUGUAAUAAUAGUCAUAGAUUAGUAUUAAAAAUGAGCCCUGCAUCUUUCCCUUCAAAGAGACCCAUGAUACCGACCACUACUGCCUUUAAGUAUAGAAUCUAACAGUUGUGGUUAACAUGUCACCCCAUAAAUCCCUGAGAAUUCAGACACCAUAGUAUAAUAAAACAGUUUUAAUUGUUCUAAAUAUAUGUUUGUAUACAUAUAUAUUUUAUUUUUUUUUUUAUUUAUUUAGUAGUAUUAUUUUGUUUGCUUUUUGUUUUAAUUGAAAACUUUUUUCUUUCAGAUGAAGAUUAUAAUAAAUACCAACUGAGCAGCUGACAUUGUACAGAUAAUUUACGUUUAUUAAAUUCAACUAUAAAAGAAGCAGCUAUGGACAUAUUUUAUAUAGCAUUAAGUGUAAGCUUAAUUUUGCAUACUAAUUAAGUAAUGUACAUAAUCAUAAAUAAUAUAGUUAGUGUUAUUUUUUAAUCUUAACAAAAAUCUUUUGCUAAGUUCAGAGGUAUCCUUAUCUUUAUCAUCCACUAUGACUAUGAGAAAAGUGCCUUAGCAAUAUAAAAACUUAAUUUAUAAAAGUUUAUUACAUAAUUAUAGAUGACAGGCUAAAACUUGAACUAUUUAAAAUGUCCUGCAGGCCACAGGUUGAAUAUGUCAUAAUAAAUUAGAAAUAUAUUUUGAUAUAUCUUAAAAUUAACUAUUUUUUAAAGAAAGAAUAAAAAAUUAUAUUAUGCAAAAAUUAAGUUGUAUUUGCCAUGUUCACACAUUAUAUCCCACCCCUUUUAUUCAAUUACAACAUAUCGCAACUUUUCUUCCCAUCUCCUUUUUAAUUCUCAAAAGUAAAAUAAAUUAAAUUAAAUACUGGGUAAAUAGACAAAAAUAUGUAUUGAUGGAUUAAUACUAGUCCAUUUUAACAUUUAUCAGUAGUUGUCUUCCAUAGGCAAUGAGAAAUAUAAACUAAUUUUGUUAUAAAAUAAUGACACAAAGAAAUAUUUAAUUUUCUUGUCAUGUUCCACCACAUAGCUGAAGAUUGACAACACUUGUUUUUCUUUAGAAUAUUCCUUCCUCAUAUAAUGAAGAGCUAAUGACUGAGUACAUUGAAGGAACUUUGGAUGUUGAUGUAGUAAAUGUCAAGAUCAUUGAAAGAAUGGCCCUUUUUUCUAUUUCACAAAAUAUUCAAAGAAUAUUCCUUCCUCAUAUAAUGAAGAGCUAAUGACUGAGUACAUUGAAGGAACUUUGGAUGUUGAUGUAGUAAAUGUCAAGAUCAUUGAAAGAAUGGCCCUUUUUUCUAUUUCACAAAAUAUUCAAGGUAUUUAUAAAAUUUAAAAAAAAAUUUAGCAACUAUUUUCCAUGCUCAUUAUGUUGAAACAUACAAUUAACAUUUUUAUGUUUUUAGCUGAUGUUAGAGUAUUUAAGAGCAGAAAAGAAUUUUAGUGAUGCAUAGCUGUUCAUUUAAUUAAUGAAAUCAAUUUUAUUCCUUUAUGUUGUGAAUGUAAAACUUUUUAUGCAGCAUACUGCUUGUUAUGCCCAGCACAUCAUAAAUUAUUCUCUUGGGCAUAGAUUUAUCUGACAUUCUCAAAACUGUCUUCCCCUAGCAGGGCUGUGACUGCAUUAAAAUGGUUUAGAUGCCUGUUUUAUUUAUAUAAAAAAAUCAUGCCUAUAUUGAUUUAAGGUAGUUUUUAGAGAAACAAUGAGAUUGAAAGUCUCUACAGUGGUAAACCUCAAACUUUGACUGAGGCUGGAAUUAUUUUCUUCUUUAUUUUUUUGUCUGUUACACUAUAAAAAUCUAACUCUGUAAACCUUUUAAUUAAAAAUCUCUUCUUUAUAAACAAGAUUUUGAAGUUGCUGCACGUAUGAUAAAACAAGAGUCACGUGAAGGACAUGAAAUGAAACUGUUUCUAGUGAAAGCCAGAGCCAAAAAUGCUGUUGUAAUAUAUGAUAUUAAACCAACUUUGGAUGUGAGCUCUCUUAAAAAAUACAUCAAGCAGGAAUAUACAAAUGUACAAGGCUCUGUAUCGUCUUUCAGAAUUUGUCUGAAACAUAACCUAGGAUUUGUGCAUUUCAAAGUUGGAUCUGAUAGAUGUAAGACCAUAUGAGAAGCUUUUUUAUUGUUGGUGUCACCUUAAGGCCUUUAAAUCAUUUUCUUUAUGUUAAUGUUACCAACAGUACCAGCUAAAUUUAACAGAAAUGAAAAUUACUAUUUUUUAUUAUAAAUGAUACAUUCCACAAGUUAUUAAAAACUACAUAAUUGAAUAACUUAUAAGAGUAAUUGGGACAUUGCUUGAAAAAUUAAAAAUUAUCAAAAUUAUUCCUCUGAUUUUAACUAGUGUUUUUAAGAAAAUAUACUUUUUCCUUAAAUUAACCUACCAAAUACUUCCUACUCUUUACUUUAUUACUACUAACAUGACUUUUACAAAUUUUUAUCAUCAUUUCAGUUGUUUAUUUUUUAUUACACAUUUUUAUUUCAGUGGUGAAUAAAUUGCUUUCAAAGAAACGACACACUAUAUCGGCUACCAUUAAAUUUGAACCAUUUUUCUAUAAUUUCCAUGAUGUAAUAGAAAAAGAAUUGAAUUUAUUAAAUCAUGAAGAAGGCAAUCAGUGUUACCAAGAGGAUAACCCAAGAGAUUAUGAAACAUAUAGCAAGCAAAUAUCAGAAGGCUGGAAGGAUUACCAGGUCCUUAUGGAAGGUUUGAGUGAUCAAGGGGUAGAGGGAAAUGUGGGAAAUCAUAGCAGCAUUGAAAGUUUGAGUGAUCAAGAAUUGGAAGGAAAUGUGGGAAAUCAUAGCAGCAGUGAAAGUUUGAGUGAUCAAGAAUUGGAAGGAAAUGUGGGAAAUCAUAGCAGCAUUGAAAGUUUGAGUGAUCAAGACAAAGAAGGAAACGUGGGAAUUCAGAGCAGCAGUGAAUGUUUGAGUGAUCAGGCAUCAAGUAAAUGGACUCAUAGGGAGGACCAGAGCAGUGGAAACAAUUCUAAUAAAGAUGGAGAAAAAUUUAACGCUGCAGAAUGUGAGGAUCUUAAGUGUUUUACAAACUUGCUAUUUGAAAACAGUUUAAAGAAUCAAAAUAGAAAAUAUUGCGGAGGAAAAGCAAUAUCAUUUGGCAGUACUGAAAGUGGAGAUUCCAAUGGCAACAUAGGUGAUAUUAAUAUAACAGAUACAAAACUGGCAGGUAUAAAUUUAAUUGCCCAAUGUUGUACACCACUAAAACAAUAUGGAAAUUUUAUUCCUUGUACUCUAAAGACUGGCUUAAAUGACAGAAAAGCACAAACAAUGUCAGAAGCACACUACUUGUUGAUGAAAAAACAUUUUGGUUCAUUUAUGAACAGCACUGUACAUUACAAUAGUGAAUUUAAAAGCGCAGUGAUUGAAGGUAAGAAAACUGAAGUGGUUGAACGUUACCAAAAGUUAUUAUUUGAUCUUAAGAAAAUCAAGACAUG